AUUGGGUGGCCCAGAGGGGAAGUUGGGGGUUGAUCAGCUCAGAUUGACCCCCCCACUGAACUGCGAGGAAAGGGAGGAAACAGAGGGGUGGAGUGAAGGAGGAAAAUGAGAGGGAGUGUGAGCAAGGGAGUGUGAAAGGAAGAGGCUGGAUGGGAUCUUCUGAGAAGAGUGUUUAGUUAUGAAAACAAAAGUAUUGAAACAGAUGGCACCCUGGAAACCUCAUAACAGCGGAUUGGAACGAGCCAGCACAGCUUAUCACAUCAACAGGGCGGUCAGAGGCAGUCUGUCAGCGAAUAACUUUUCACAAACAUAACACACACACACACACACACACACACACACUCUGGGCACUGCUGGGGGGAUAUAUAAGAACUCACCAGGAGGGUCUAACACCCACUAGAUUUCUCUGAGGAACUGUUAUGCAGUUUGAGGUUUUCUCCCAAAUAGAUCUGUCAGGAACUACCUUACAAGCCCUUUGAGUGCCAGAGAUUGUACUAGUUUGUGGGUAAAGUAUGUUUUCCUUAAAGUUUAGGCUGAGAAUUUUUUGAUGCCCAAUACUGAAGUUAUUGGAAUGGAAAGAUAAGCCUGUUUCAAGGACAAAAGAAGAAACAAAGUAUAAGGAUGUAAACUAGUGAAGGACUACAAACUGUUUCUGACAAGAAAUGGAAACGGCAAUACCUUUAGGAAUGUUUUACGACAACGUGUCAAUUCUGGAUCUGAAAAGUACUUCGAUAAACAAUGUCUAUAUUCACAAGGAUUUUGAUGCCUUCAGUGUUACCAUGGCUGUGCUCUACCUGGCAGUAUGUAUCGUGGGAUUGGGAGGGAACUCCCUGGUCAUCAUCACCAUUUUAAAGCUAGACAAAAUGUCAUCUGCAACCACCGUCUACAUUUUCAACCUGGCUUUGGCGGAUGGCCUUUUCAUGGUAGGACUCCCGUUCAUUGCUAUCCAAAACUUCCAGGACCAAUGGAUCUUUGGAGACCUGGUCUGCAAACUGGUUCUGGUUCUGGAUGGCAUCAACCAAUUCACAAGUGUAUUCUGCCUAACCGUGAUGAGUGUCGACCGCUACAUGGCACUCGUAGACCCAUUGCGCUUUGCUCGCUGGCGGACACCUCAGAGGGCAAAGAUCAUUGCUGCCCUAAUGUGGUUUAUCUCGCUAUUUCCUGUCUUGCCUAUGGCCAUAUACUUUUCCUCCAAUUACGGUUUCUGCACUAUAGACCCCUAUUUGGCCUCUGACACCUGGUGGUUGACCUUUCUUAGCUAUACCUUUGUACUUGGCUUUGCCUUACCCUUCACUGUAAUGAUUGUAUUUUACACCGCAUUGGUGGCAACUCUGAGAAAUUCCAGGCCGCAGGGUGGCCCUUCCUCCUCUCUGGAAAGCCACAGUUUGGAGAAACAGGUCACCAAGAUGGUCGUGGCGGUUGUUCUGGUGUUUGGCUUUUGCUGGCUGCCAUUCUACAUCUUCAACUUCUGCUCUUUGCACCGAACAGAGCUGGUACUCAACUUCACCCGUGGCUUUGAGUUUGUGGUGCUGCUGUCCUACUCAUGGAGUUGCGCCAAUCCCAUACUGUAUGCUUGUCUGUCUGAAAAAUUUCGAAGGCAUUUCCACACCCUCCUCUGCCCCGUCAAGAGCUCACCCACACACUGUGACAGAGACACUGAAGGGUAUGUCUUGCACGAUACUAACGUACAAGAUGUGAGUGUUUUACUUUAGGAUGUUUCUCACUGAGAACAUCUGAGUAUUUUUUUUAUAUAUUUUUAGGGCUUGUGUAGCAACACAUACCCGCCUUAUUGUAAACAGAUAAUCCCUGCUUCCAGCAGUGCCAAUCUUACAUUUCAUUUCUUUAGUGCACUCCAAAGUACUGCCUUUUGCACCUCUGAGAUUGCUUUUGCUACUAUGCAAUAGAUAAAAAAUACAUGUGCAGACUGAGGCACUGAUAAGAGUCAAGUGGAUCAUGAUAACCCCGCUUUUGAUGGCUCAAUUUUUUCAUGACAGCAAUGCCACAAAAGCAAAGUUGACUUAGUGAAUAAGAGUUUACUCUGUCUCCAUGCAAAGGAAGGAGCAUAUUUUAAGGGUGAUUAUGCCAUUUCUAGCCCCCUAUACAAGUGCUUUCAAAUUGAUUGUGGAUUGAAUGAUGUCACAGUUGUCAUGGCAUCCAGCUUUGACCAAAUUUUUGAGGAUUCUCGUGAGACUGUUGCCACAUGACUUAAGAAUGUGAUUGUGAUUCAUGAGGGAUUUAUUUAGAAACAGUUGAUAAACUAGAUGUUAAUGGCCAACACUGCCAUGGUUUAAAUGGUCUUGUGUUUAAAAAAUUUCAAAAUAAUUUACACAUGCUGGGUAAUAUAUAUUUUUUUAAUGAUAUUUUGAUACCAUUUGUUAUGGAAAUAUACAGUAUAUAUGUAUACAGUGUGUGUGUGUGUGUGUGUGUGUGUGUGUA